ACAUUGGAGCACCCCUUUACAAGCAUUUGGUCGCGGGAUGAGGUUUAGCCUGACGUAUGGAAGGCGUGGGCCGCUCAGGAGUGGUUGCAUCGUGGAAAGAUGGGGAGGGCCGUCAGAUGGUGAAUCCUCUCUGUGACCCUGCUUGUCCUGGGUCCUUGUCCCCAGAGCUGUCCUAUCAGAGAGGGGUGAGGUACACCUACAGGUACAGCACAGCCAUGUCCACCACCCUCCGCGGCGCCAACUCGGGAAGGAACGGUCUGGCCCUGGACUUUGUCGUCGACAUACAAACGAUCUCAAAGUGCCAUUUAAUGUUGAAGAUUAGAAAUUCACAGAUAAAGAGGAUCUCCUCCCAGAAGGAGCACUCUGUACUGCGUUUCAAGAGUCUGAGGGAGUCUCUGGAGGGGACGCGCCUCAAGUUCUCUCUCCGAAGGGGAAAGGUCACUGCACUGUGUCCACAGGAGGGCGAGCAGGUGUGGGCCAUGAACAUCAAGAGAGCUCUACUGAGUAUGCUCCAGACCUCCCACACAGCCUCCAAAGGGGAAACAGAGAAAGAGACUGAUGUCUAUGGUACCUGCCACACCAGGUAUAAACAGAGAGGAUCUGUAUUGAUCAAGACAAGGGACCUGAAGGAAUGUCAACAGCCCCGACUGUCAGACUUCUGGUCCCAUUCUGUAUCGCUGACCGAGGAUACCACAGUUGAUUCCAAGCUCCAAUGUGCUCAACGAAUGCAAAGGACCAAAGUGAUGGUGGAGGUCAACUGCACUGAAACGGUCUCUAUGGUAACUGGAAGAGCAGGACUGGUCACGACCCAGACUCUGUCCAAGCUCUCUCUGCUCAGAGCCCAGCCGGAGUCAGCGCCCGGGUCAGAUUCUGAAUCACUGGGACCGGGUGUGCUGACAGACCUGAUGUUUGACCAUGAGGGAGGACCACGUCGAAGCCCAUUGUCCACACGUCAGCAGGCCAGCGAAAGCAUCAACCUCUUAUGUGGUCUCACCCGGGAUCAGCAACAGAUGUCCCAACGCUUCCUUCAGCUGGUCUUCCAGUUGAAAGAUCUGUCUCUGUCUCAACUGAAGAUGCUCUGGCAAGAGUCUUCCUUCAACUGUCGCGAUGACUGGCAUCCGCUGCUGUCGGCCCUCCCAGCAUGUGGCUCGGAGAGCUGUGUGCUGCUGUUGACCGAGCUGAUGCAGAGAGGAGACCUGGAUCUGGACCGGGCUCAGUCCUACCUCACUAGCCUAGCCCUCAUCCCCCACCCGUCUCCCCUCAUCAUCAACUCCAUCAAUGCCCUGCUGGAGGCCCCAGAGCUGCGUCCCCGGGCCCUGCUGGCGGGCUCCUCAAUGGUCCAUGCUCUGUGUCGGAGGUCCGCUGGCCCAUGCACCAGUCUUCCUCAGGUCCAGAGCUUUGUGCAGACGUUGCAGGACAGCCUAGGCAGUGGAUGUGGAGGAAAGGAUCCGAGGAGAGUGUCAGAGCUCCUGUAUAUACUGAAAGCUGUGGGGAACUCAGGCCUCUCGGCCCCGGCCCUGGUAGCAAUGCUGAGCCGCUGUGUGCUCGGCUCCUCAGAGGUCCCAGAGCUGCAGCUCGCUGCCAUCCGCUCCUUCAGACGCAUGCCCUGUACUACUGAUCACUCUGUGCUGUUGCAGCUGUAUCGCUCCUCCCAGGAGGACGCAGAGGUCCGGGUCGCUGCAUACCAGCAGCUCAUGCGCUGCCCUGAUCCACGCACGCUGCGGGCGGUCAGGGCGACCCUCGGCAACGAGAGCUCCAGCCAAGGUCUGGCCGCUCCCCAGCAGAGGGACGGGAACACAGACCCUUAUGUCAUGAAACUCAAACACAGACAUUUCUGA